CCGCAACAACACUGCAGAGCUGUGAGGAAGAAUAGUGUGCAGUCUUCUUUCAAAUGGCUAUUCUUCAGGUAAGGAUUGACACUAUUGAGUCGAUUCUUUUACGUUAUCUUUUUUAAUUAGUACUUGUUACUAUUCUGUAUGUUAUGAAUCCGUUUAGUUAAUGUAAAGGGUACAAUUUCAAGUCGAAAAUUUGCAUCUCAUAUGUAAAGAAGUCAUAAGUUGAACGACAGCCUCGCAUAACUGGACUAAUGAUGUUUUGUUGACAUGACUUUUAGUCUGCUUGAAUCGUCAGUUCUAAAACGGGAAUUUGUGUGAAACGUAACUUCAGGUAUAGCACACUUUCAAUGACAGGAAAGACAUCGGUUCAUUGCCCUCCUGUUUGAAAUUUUUUCUCUAGUUUCAUGAAUUCUCAAGGCUAAUCAUGUCAUUGUGAAACACUUCCUUUUAUUUCAGUCGGAUGUUUGAAAUCUACGUCAAGCAAAUUACGUUAAAUUGUGGUAAAUGUUUUACUACUGGCCACCAGCGUAGUACAAGUCUAUGGUAUCAGUUAUAUUGUUAACUUCAAGUGAGGUUAACACGCCGUUAUUAAAUGAUAAUUUGCUUUUUAGGGGGACUCGAAGCUGUUUCGUUUGGUUUCAGACUCAAAAUACAAUAAGAUGUGCAUGAAAAUAUUUUCGAGAGAAAACAGCUUUUGAAUUUCUGCUUCUGUAUUAAUUAUAAGGUUAAGAAUUACAAGACAAUGAAGUUAAAAUAUAUUAUAUCGAUCUCUGUGGUUGCUUGCUUGUGUUUAAAACACCUGUUUACCAGAGGCUAUAUCAGUGAAAGUUUUCCUUCGGAAAUUCGAUAGACUUGUUCGUUUAAAGCCCUUUGACGCGUCUCUUGAUGUCGACGGUUAUUCUAUUAUUAAUUUGGUAUAAAUUUUUCUCAGUCGAACAGGGAGAGAAAACUCAAGCUUCAAGAUCUGAACACGUUCAUUACAUGCGAACUUUGCAAUGGAUAUUUGAUCAAGCCGACGACGAUCACGGAGUGUCUUCACACAUGUAGGUACCGCGGGGUUUAGGCGAUGAUUUGUAUAUUCAAAUGGAAGAUUUGGGCGCGAUCUAAAAAAUACAUCUUGCGUUGUUUUUCUCUGGUUAUUCACAAGCAGAAAUACGAGUCGGUAUCUAGAUUUGAACACGAAUAUGGGUCGAAAAAUAUCAUAAAAGUCUUUAAUACCAGCUUGUCAUUUUAUAUUCUCUCUGUGUUGCGAAACUGCAAUUCAAUCGUAGAAACCGAAGGGAAACAUCUGCUUGAGUUUGGCACAGACGACCAUUUUCAUUGUUAGUUUAACUUCCGAGGAUGAAGUGUUCAACAGUUUGUUUUUGUCGCAUAAAAAGAUUUUUAUUUACUUCUGGCUUAUCCUUUUAGGUAAACACUCUUUAAAAGGCGGGAAGAAAUAUCAAUUUUUGCGAUGUUUAAAGCGAGUUUGAAAUUCAUCCACUUGCAAAUGCUACGGCCACUUGAUAGAAAGAAUUAUUCAUAAGACGGCCUGCUGUUAAUGCUUUCAGGAUAAUUGCGUUAGAGAAGACAGCGAAGAGUGAUAAGUCAUAAUUUAAACCAACAUUUGGGAGUGGAUUAUCUAUCGCUUAGCAAAUGCAAGGCAUAAGAGCUCGAUUUGAACUAAUAUUUAAAAAAUUGCGUUUUAAAUCGAGGGAGAGCGCACCCUAAUGUAUGGAAAAACUUUUGCGUAGUCACUUGGCAGGUGGAAUGAAAACGUUCAAUUUAUCAAAUGACACGCAUUAUUCUGAAAAUAUUAUGAAAUACGCCAGAGGCAAUACACAUUUCAAUACCAACAGAUCAGCAGCGCUAUGAUACUGAAACAUUGAAUAAGGAAUUCAGUUUCUAUAAUCGACAUUCCACUGAAAUGCAUCAUUCAAAUUUUAAUCUUCACUUGUAUUUGCUGAAACCAAAAAAGUAGGUCGUGACCUUUUUGACAGAUGUCAGAAUAUGUUAACGAAAUUAAUGAAAUUUUUUAAUAGAUCCUUUUUCCAUUGCGUUUCAUAGCCGGAUUUAUUUGUUAGAGAAACUUUGUUACAUUGAAUGAGUUGCAGCUAAAAUUUUCCUCCCAGACUCGUUCAUCAGUUUCUAUUUCAAUAGGGUAUUUAAAGUUAAUAAUGAUGGUUUUUCUGCCUACCUGAAUUAUCAUCAGCGCCAAGUCGUGGCAUGAAAACACCCUUUGAAAAAAUUAGUUACCGGUGUGUUCUUGAAUAAAGACAAGUUAAGAGUUUUAAGGCCUUCAAGGGCACAGUUGUUAAAAACAGGACAACGCUAAUUUAGAAUUAUCAUUAACAUUACCAGUACAAAUUAUUAUUUUUAGUUAUGUUUUCUCCACUCUUCCUUUUCUACUUUUCCACGAUCCACGAAACCUAAGAAAAGAAAUAAUCACCCAAGAUUAGAAUCCAAACAUAUAUGUUAACUAUUCAAUCUUUUAUAUCUUUGACAGUCUGCAGAUCGUGUAUCGUGAAGUACUUCCAAGAUAGCGGCGACAAUAAAUGCCCCAGUUGCUCAAUUCUCAUUCAUGAGACGAAUCCGUUUGAAAUGCUCAGGUAUUUAGUGUAACACUCAAUGGUAUAUCCUUAUCAUCUCUCAGUUAGUGUGUACACUAUUAUUGGCCAAGUUUGUUUGAAAUAAAAUCUUUCCCCUCUAUUUGAGUCCAGAGACAGUUUAACUAAUCUCGUUUUCUCGGUCCAUAGUUAGAGUUACAGACCCUUUUUUCAGUCUGCUAUUGUCAGUCUUGAUGAACAGCGGAUGUAUUUACGCACCAGUUUCUUUACGGAAAAAUCCCGGUCCGUAACUUAGCAUUGUGCGGACCUCGAACUUGGCGGGGAAGAGGUUUAAAUUUCCUUGGUACAGUGUUCACGUGCGCCUUUAUUUGAGUGAUUUAUUGCGACGCAAGAGCUUCCACGAAAAAUGUUUAACAUUACAACGCACAAGUAGAAAUAAUCGACCUCCACCAGCCCGGAAGAUUGUCAUCGAUACCUCCUCAGUUUUAUCGUGAAAGGUAAACCCUGAAAGUGGUCAAGGCUGUCGGUCUACAUUUAACAAUUAGAUUAGAAACUAGUAUGACAAUUGAUACGGACGACACCCGAAUCAACUGUUAGCGUAAAAAUCAAAAGUGAACAAUCUACUCGAAUUAGUUUAAAAAUCUAUUAGACUGUUAGAGGCCAUGAACGUGAAACUUCCCACCUUUUUUUGCCAAGUUUUCGCUGCCGUAGUUGUCCCAGAUUGUUUAAGGUCGCUAUUGUGAGUAAGAAAAUGAAAGGAGAAGAGCAGCCUUUUUUUUUUUACAAUCCACAGGUCAGACAAAACAUUAGAGGAUGUUAUUCACAAGCUUAUUCCUAAGUUGCAAGAAAGUAAGAUAUGACCAUUAACCACUGUCAAUACUUGUUGAUAUAUUCCAAAUUGCGGAGUUCUUGUAACAAAGCUUUUGUUUUUUGAUUAAACGAACUUGAGUUUAAAACUUCCUCUAACUGUGGCGGACACCGUCUUGUCAUAAAAUUUUAAAGAGAAAUACAUCCAUCAGGCUUGGAUGAUUACGCCGCAAAUGCAGAAGCCAUUUAUAAGACACAAACUAUACUGAAGUUUAGUAUGACUUUUGCCCGGGAACUGCCUCCUUAAAAUUAGAGACAAUCGUAGUUCCGGUGGAGCAUUGCUUUUCUGACUAGAGCUAAGUCUCAAUGUGUUCGCGGCAUUUCCUUAAAAAAAAGCCCACUCGAAUGUUGACGGCUGGAUCACUUGAAAUGUAUCGAUUUCAUUAUCUGAGCAACUAACCCAGCAACAGUCAACUGAUAUUAAGUCAGGAUCGACGUUGGGUUAGUAUGGGAGGGGGAGGGGGGGGGAGAGGGCAAGUGUGCAGUCGCUCAAAUACUGACAUUAUUCAAAACUGACAUCUCAGUUUCCAGAGUAACCUUUACGUUGUUUUUUUAGGUGAAUGCAAACGCGAAAGACAGUUUUGUGCGCAGCAUAAUGAUGGUACCGCAAUAAAAGCAAAAGAAAUUGUAGAUAUGAAGCUAUCUCAAGGUAAUAUUUUUCCUAAUCAUGUAAGUUUUAGACCACUUCUGAUAACGUAAAACAACCCAAAUCAAAGAAAACUCUCUCCGUGAUUUGCGUCGAACUGGCAGGUUUGACAGAAAACCCGAUGGACUUCUCGACCAGGAACAAGUCCUUUAAUCAGAAACACUUAUGAAUGAACGAACAGCUUACGUAGUGUUAUUUAUUUUUGGUAAGGUUAUUGGAAAAAAAGUUUGUAAAUUGGGAAGGGACUUUCACCUCUUAUAUUGUUACAUGUUGUAAUGUUUCCCCCUCCUUAGUACAUGAAACUGAAGAGCCUAUGGCUAAGCGAACAAAGCUAUCAGGAACCGAUGAAAACUUCCACCGCGAUGACCCACAGAUCGGAGUUUGCCUAGAAUGUCUCGGGUAUGUUUCUUACGUCACUCUGUCGAUUUUAACGUCAUUGUUGUAUCCUUUUUGAAUGAAUUUUACCUAUAUCUGGUUUUAAAUUAAAAUAAUUCGAUCAAGAAAAAGAUACGGCUGAUUAGUUUUUAUUUGUAACAAUCAGUUAAGUUUGAUUGUCAAAACGGGCACGGGCAAGGAAGAGCUUUGCUCACAAGUUUUGUUUUGUUUUAGCGACGAUUCUGCUGAAGAACAGUGCGUAAAGAAACUGGUGCGUAAAUACAUCCGCUGUUCAUCAAGACUGACAAUAGCGCACGUCAAGAAAUUCUUAAAAAUGAAGCUCAAUCUCAAAACUGCUGAUCAGGUUAGCGAUACCCUAGUAGCUACUUUUGAUGACGCCAUAUUAAGAUCCUGUAUUUUUCAUAACUGAUUUGAGAGGUUUUCGGAAUUUAUGAAACUAAUUUGGCGGACUCAGAAACCUAUAACCAGUUUUGAAAACACCAAAAACUAGUAAAACUUAUUUUUGAUGAUUCAUAAAAGAAAAAUAAAGCAUGUUUAAUUGGAGUAUGUUUUUUUCAGGUCGAAGUGAUGUGUAACGGGGAAAUCAUGGGUAAAGAUCACACCUUGGAGUUUGUGUACAUGACAAGGUGGAGAGUAAAGGCAAGUCAACCUGACUCUCGUUUUAACCUUUUAACGCCCAAAAUCUCAAAAGUAAUUCUCCUCACUGUCUGCCAUUCAAUUCUUGUGAUGCUAGUUCUGAGAAUUUGGUGCUGGAUCAACUGAAAAACCCUCAAACUUAUCAGUAUUUUUCUUUAUUCUCAUCACCUAUCUGAUUGAUAUUGUAUCGAUAUUGUAAAGAGAAGUUCUGUCCUGGUCACAGGAGUUAAAGGGUUAAAAUGACAAAAAAAGAAAUAGUGCACCUCUAAAGCCAUUGUUUAACUGUUUAAAAGACAAUUGGAAGUUUCCUCUCUUAUUAUAAGCCUAAGAGGUAAUAGAAAUUCUCAAACCUAUAUCUGUUCACUUUUGAAGAAUUCAAGAGAUUUUAGGCAGUAAUAAGAAGUAUUACAGAACGUAAAUUUAUCGGUUUCCGCCGAAAAAAAGGUGUCUUCGAUGGGGUCUUCGAUAUUCUUCAGUUCUUGAAUCUUAAAUUUGUCUGCUUCAUUUAGCAAAAAUAAGUUUUGUUCGUGAAGGUUACAUUUGUUCACGGAGGGGAAGGUAAAAAUGAAGAAACCUAUAGCGAGUAUGAAAGUUAAAUGUCACUUAGAAUUGUAGUUUUGUGGAUGACAGUGAAUGGGCUACUUUUCAUCCCACUUAAAUAAUUAAUCAGUUCAAGUGGUAAUGAUUGUUAAUUUUACCUGACUUCUUUGAAGAGUUGCACAGUUUUGUGAUCAUUUUACGAUAUUUAACAUGUUUUCUCUUUUUAGGAGGGAUCCGUCCUUAUUCUUCAGUACAGACCAAGAUUAGAUUUCUUUUAAACACACGCGAAAAUAGUACUUUAUGACGAAAAGCCUUAUAUAGUAUUUUUAAAUAUUACUUUUAAAGUAGAGUAUGUUAACUGUUCGAAAUUGUUUCCUCUCUCAGUAUCUUUAGCUUAUACGCCCUGCGCAAUGCGUUUCAAUUCUCUAUUUAACUCCUACUUAAAGCUCCAACUUACUCUAUCACAAACGAUGACAGUAAUAUCCAAAUAUGGUUUCAUAAAAUACCUUUGCCUGAUGACCUCAGGUGGUGUUGAUAAUGGAGUGAUUGCAUUUACAUUUGAAAUUGUUAAACACAUUUUAGGAACGGGAGACACAUGGAAACGGUAAUGGGGAUGACAUUUUGAAGAUCAUUCCGACAGUUACAACGACGCAUAGCUGA